AUGAAUCAGAAUAUUAAAAAUGAAGCAUUUGAACAAGUAUUUGGUUCAAAGGAUGCAUUUGAACAAGUAUUUGGUCCCGAACAUUCUGGAAGAGUUCGAUGUGUAGGACAUGGCCCGAUACCAUCCAAAUACUUUAAGAGAUUGGAAACGCAAACACCAAGUGCUGCUGAGAUGGUUGAGAUUAAGUCUUACGUGAAAAGACUUGAAGAUAAGGUUGAUACUGAGAUGGUUGAGAUUAAAAGACUUGAAGAUAAGGUUGAUACAGUGGCUUCUGCUCUUCAUACUCUGGUUUUAAGGAUUCAACCCCAAGCAAAAAUGGCUUACAAAGACUCCAGCCUAAAAUUGGAAGAGUGA